GGGCGAGGGAGGGGUUGGUGUGUGGGACAAAGCAACUAAUGCAAAUCACUUUCCCUGUCAGAAUAUCAGCCGCGCACAAUUUGAUGCUGUAACAGACCAGAUCAACAAGAUGAUUCAGGGAAUUCUGAACAAGAUCUGUUUGCAGGAGAAGGACUGGGGCAGUAUUCUUGAACAGCUCACCACAGAAAUGGAUUGCAAGCUUAACCGUGUUGAGCUGGAUCCAUUGAAGAAGCAAUUGGAAAAUAGAUGGAAAUCAAUUCGGAAGCAGCUGCAGAGACAUAAAUGUUUGGAGGAGGAUGGAGCUGCAGGACUAAAGAAACAGCUCAUCAGCCAUUUCCACUGCCUGUCCUGUGAUCGGCCGCUGGAUGUGAAAAUGCCCUCUGGCCCGGAUGUAAUCUCGUUUCCGAUACCGACCUACCCUGUUCACGGUUACCCUCGCUCUCACUGGCACGAUGUUGACCAUUCAAGAUGGAGGAGUCGGGGAGGGCAGAUUCGGUGGUGGCCAAUGUGGAGGUACAGCUCCCGAAGACAAGGAGCAGCUGCAAGCUGCCAUCUCUAACAGCCAAGGAUGGUUCAGUAAUGCCAAAGGAAAUGUUCUCAGACCAUGACUGUCAGUGCCUGACUGAGCCAUCACUGCUGUGUCCUUGCAUUGGGAGCGAGACAUCAUCAGAUCAGCCCUCACUGUCUGGCCCAUCAACAGAGCAGCCUCUGGAUGUACCCGUGCCCUCAGGAGUAGAACCACAGGCACCUGUCAAGCCUCUAAAUAUUUAAAACUCAUGAAUAUAUGUGGAAAAGUUUUGUUAAAGAAUUCAGUUGUGUGUCUGUGGCUUUUGGCUUCUGAGGAAGGUGACAGGUGCUCCUAGGAAUGUUAAAGUGAGCGAGAUUUGUUUGUUAGGGAAGAUGUUCUGAAAACAUUUGGUCACUUUGGCUGUGAAUAAACAGGCAGCUUUUGCCCAAGUUGGUUCCUUCACAUUGUGCUUUCUGCUGUUAAUGAAGGUAACUGCUGAAGGAGUUCCACAUCUCCAUGUAGCCCUGGGCAGAAUUAUCACUCAUCACUGACCCAGAUUCUCAUCAUUUCCCAUUACCAGUACAACAAUGACAGCAGUCAGGCCCAAACACACAGUGCUCUCUGUAGUAACAGUCACCACCCCCUGCACGUUCCCCUCCAAGCCCAACACCAUCCCUGACUUGGAAAUAUUUUGCCGUUCCUUCAGUGUAGCUGGGAC